UACCCUACCCUUCCAUACCCACUCAUCAGAUGCCACCCCGUUCAACCGCCCAGCGCCGCUUACUUAAGGAAUACCAGCAGCUUGCGCGCGAUCCGCCGCCAGGAAUCGUGGCCGGACCGCUCGACGAAGAUAACCUCUUUGUCUGGGAGUGCUACCUCGAGGGCCCGACAGACACGCCAUACGAAAACGGCGUGUUCCCGGCAACGAUGACGUUCCCCAAGGACUAUCCGCUCGCCCCGCCUACGCUCAAGUUUACCCCCGCACUCCUCCACCCAAACAUCUACAAGGACGGCACCGUCUGUAUCAGCAUUUUGCACUCUCCAGGCGACGAUCCGAACCAGUACGAGCGUCCCGAGGAGCGUUGGUCGCCGGUCCAGAGCAUCGAAAAGAUCUUGUUGAGUGUGGUGAGUAUGCUUGCUGAGCCAAACUGUGAGAGUGGGGCUAAUAUUGAUGCCUGCAAGUUGUGGCGAGACGACAGGGAGGGGUACGACCAACAGAUUAGAGGAUACGUUAGAAAGGCCAUGGGUUUGUAAAAGUAUUCUUUGUCGGCGUUUUAGCUUAGUCAUAGUUCAAUAAAAUGUCGUAGAAUGAAAAAUAAAG